GACUGGCAUGGUGGUAGACAUUCCUCAGAUGAGUGACGAUGGAGAGGCACGACUCGGGGUCAUGCUGGAGGGCCGGUCAGCACCAGUGGCCAUCAAGAUCUCGAACCUCCGAUUCCUCUACAAUCAGGCGGAGGAAGACAGGCUGGCAUCUGAAGAAGACAGGCUGGCAUCUGAAGAAGAUAGGCUGGCAUCUGAGGAAGAGGACAGGUUAGCAUCAGAGGACGAGCAUUUGGAACGAGAAGCAGCUGCAAAAGAAGCAGAAGAAGAGGCUGCAAGAGAAGAAGAGCGUCGGGCAGCAGAAGAAGCAGCACGGUUAGCAACACAGGAGGCUGCCAGGAGGGCGCAUGCUGCCAGACGGGCUGAACAGGAAAGGCUGGAAGCAGAGGAAGCAGCUGCAAGAGAAGCAGAAGAGGAGGCUGCAAGAGAAGAAGAGCGUCGAGCAGCAGAAGAGGCAGCGCGACUAGCGACACAGGAGGCUGCUAGAAGGGCACAGGCUGCCAGACGGGCUGAACAGGAAAGGCUGGAAGCAGAGGAAGCAGCUCGCAUGGAAGCAGAAGCAGCUGCAAGAGAAGCAGAAGAAGAGGCUGCAAGAGAAGAAGAGCGUCGAGCAGCAGAAGAAGCAGCGCGGCUAGCGACACAGGAGGCUGCCAGAAGGGCGCAUGCUGCCAGACGGGCUGAACAGGAAAGGCUGGAAGCAGAGGAAGCAGCUCGUAUGGAAGCAGAAGCAGCUGCAAGAGAAGCAGAAGAGGAGGCUGCAAGAGAAGAAGAGCGUCGGACAGCAGAAGAAGCAGCACGGCUAACAACACAAGAAGCUGCCAGAAGGGCAGAGGCUGCCAGACGGGCUGAAUUGGAAAGGAUGGUAGCAGAGGAAGCAGCACGCCUAGAAGAAGAAUCAGCAGCAAGAGAAGCAGAAGAGGAAGCUGCAAGAGAAGAAGAGCGUCGAGCAGCAGAAGAAGCAGCGCGACUAGCGACACAGGAGGCUGCUAGAAGGGCACAUGCUGCCAGACUGGCUGAACAGGAAAGGCUGGAAGCAGAGGAAGCAGCUCGCAUGGAAGCAGAAGCAGCUGCAAGAGAAGCAGAACAGGUCCAUCAGUGGGAAGUGGAAGAUGUUGUGGAACUGCAUGGCCUGAAAUCUGCUGCCCUCAACGGCCAGACUGGCAUGGUGGUAGACAUUCCUCAGAUGAGUGACGAUGGAGAGGCACGACUCGGGGUCAUGCUGGAGGGCCGGUCAGCACCAGUGGCCAUCAAGAUCUCGAACCUCCGAUACCUCUACAAUCAGGCGGAGGAAGACAGGCUGGCAUCUGAAGAAGACAGGCUGGCAUCUGAAGAAGAUAGGCUGGCAUCUGAGGAAGAGGACAGGUUAGCAUCAGAGGACGAGCAUUUGGAACGAGAAGCAGCUGCAAGAGAAGCAGAAGAGGAAGCUGCAAGAGAAGAAGAGCGUCGGGCAGCAGAAGAAGCAGCACGGUUAGCAACACAGGAGGCUGCCAGGAGGGCGCAUGCUGCCAGACGGGCUGAACAGGAAAGGCUGGAAGCAGAGGAAGCAGCUCGCAUGGAAGCAGAAGCAGCUGCAAGAGAAGCAGAAGAGGAGGCUGCAAGAGAAGAAGAGCGUCGAGCAGCAGAAGAGGCAGCGCGACUAGCGACACAGGAGGCUGCUAGAAGGGCACAUGCUGCCAGACGGGCUGAACAGGAAAGGCUGGAAGCAGAGGAAGCAGCUCGCAUGGAAGCAGAAGCAGCUGCCAGAGAAGCAGAAGAAGAGGCUGCAAGAGAAGAAGAGCGUCGAGCAGCAGAAGAAGCAGCGCGGCAAGCGACACAGGAGGCUGCCAGAAGGGCGCAUGCUGCCAGACGGGCUGAACAGGAAAGGCUGGAAGCAGAGGAAGCAGCUCGCAUGGAAGCAGAAGCAGCUGCAAGAGAAGCAGAAGAGGAAGCUGCAAGAGAAGAAGAGCGUCGAGCAGCAGAAGAAGCAGCGCGGCUAGCGACACAGGAGGCUGCUAGAAGGGCACAGGCUGAACAGGAAAGGCUGGAGGCAGAGGAAGCAGCUCGCAUGGAAGCAGAAGCAGCUGCAAGAGAAGCAGAACAGGCCGAUAGCAGUGUGGUGGUGCUGUGA